CUUCUGUUUUUGCGUAAUUUCGUCGAAUACGUGGACGACGACGUAUUGCAGCGCCGGUGAGAGUGGCGUUUCACCGUAGUAGACAACUUUGCUUCAAGUUGCAGUGAGUUGAAGCUCUCUGAGAAUUACGCGUUUCAAGCUACUCAAGAGUUGCUGCAGAGUGAACGCAUGAUCACGAUUCAUUUCAGUGAAAAAACACCCAAACAUGUUCGCUACUAUUGAACUCAAUUUUCUUUAUCAUCGAAACUGAAAAGAAUAGCAUUGGAAUCUAGGGUUGAUUAUUAGGAAUGGAAGACAAUAUGGAAGAAGAGCAACUCAGAAGCACUACCUUUCAACACUUGAAAUCAUACUCGUUGCAACUUCUGGACCUUUUGCGAAACCCUCAGGUUCAGAAUCAGAAUCAUUCUUCUGUCACUGUUAUCCCUGAACUCCUUCGUUUCCUUCAGAAUUCUUCGCCUUCUACUUUACAACCUUUCUUCGACUAUACUUUGUUCCCAUUACUUCUGCUCCUCGAUGCAGCAAUUCAAUGCAGAUGUAUGCAGAAAGUUGAUACUGUGUCUGAUGUUCCAAAAACACCUUUUAAAGUGAGUGAUAGGGUUGCUGAAGGUGUAGUUAAUUGUUUGGAGGAACUUCUGACGAAGUGUCAUUUGAAUUCUGUGGAUCAGAUGGUUGUGCUACUAAAGAAGUUAACAUAUGGGGCUUUACUGUCGCCAUCUGAAGCUUCAGAGGAGUUUCGUGAAGGAAUUUUAUUGUGUUUCAGGGCACUUCUUUUGAGUUUAUAUUCCUGUUCUGAUGUGUCUUGCUCAUGCAAACAAAUUCCUGGUUUGCCUGCACUUUCGGAUAACAUUUAUAAUGAUAGACUUACUCAUAAAACUUUCAAGUAUGAUUCAGAACCAGAGGAAUGUUUACUUGCAUUUCUCCGGUCUAAAACUGCAUCAGCUUCUGUUGGACACUGGUUAUCGCUUCUUCUUAAAGCUGCAGAUACCGAGGCUGCAAGGGGACAGCGAGGUUCUUCAAGACUUCGAAUUGAAGCCUUCAAAACUCUGCGGGUGCUGGUUGCUAAGGUUGGUUCUGCAGAUGCAUUGGCCUUCUUUUUACCUGGCAUUGUUAGUCAAUUUGCUAAAGUUUUGCAUGGUGCAAAAACAAUGAUAAGUGGGGCUGCUGGAAGUGUGGAGUCUAUUGACCAAGCAAUUAGAGGUUUGGCAGAGUUUCUUAUGAUAGUCCUUCAGGAUGAUGCUAAUGCACCUGCCCUGGAUAUUGAAGUGACUUCAAACUUUGGUUCUAAUGAGAGUAAAUCUGCUCACUCUCUUUUGGAGGAGCUUCGUCACUUGCCACUUAAAGAUUGUGCUAAAACAAAAGAUGUUGAAGAUAGAAGUGUCGAGUCAGAAAUAAUCUGUUGUUCACAAACUCUACUCCAAGAAGUUGGGAAGACUGAUCCGGACAGAGAGAAUUUAUCUUUGCAUGUGAACCGAACAAAAGAUUGGAUGCAGAAGACGUCAGCACGUGUAAAUAAGCUUUUAAGUGCAACUUUUCCACAUAUUUGUAUUCACCCGUCACAAAAGGUGAGAAAGGGACUUGUUGAUGCCAUAAAAGGACUCUUAUUGAAGUGCUUCUACACAAUGGGGGAGAGUAGACUGAUGCUAUUGGAAUCCUUAUGUGCUUUGGCCGUUGAUGAAUCUGAUGACCUGUCUUCAACUGCGCAAGAUUUCCUUGAGUAUUUGUUCUCAGAGAAUUGGAAACCUGUUAUAGAACGUGAUGCUGCUGAGAUAUUUAUCAGGCACCUUGAAAAGCUUCCCAAAGUGGUGCUUGGCAAUGAGGAGUCACUUGCGGUGUUACACACUCAGCGUUUACUAACAAUAAUAUUUUAUUCUGGUCCUCGUCUACUGGUGGAUCAUCUUCAGUCUCCUGUAGGAGCUGCUAGAUUCCUGGAUGUCUUUUCUGCAUGUCUAAGCCAUAAUUCAGUGUUCUCUGGUUUUCUUGGCAAAAUCACUUCAAGUCGAUCAUCAACACUGGGAUACCUUCCCUCCAUUGCUGAGUUGAAAUCUGGAUCUAAUUUCUUCAGUUAUGGCCUUCCUCUUAUAAAUUCUGUUCAAUGCGAAGCCCCUAAGCGCAGCCUUAUUGAGGAAAAAAGUAUACAAGAUCCUGCGAAAACUGCACAAAAGAAGUAUGAGCUUCCUCGUAUGCCACCUUGGUUUGGUUAUGUUGGUAGUACUAAGCUAUACCAGCCUCUUGCAAGGAUUCUCCGAAUUGCAGGUUUAUCUUUAGUAGCAGAUUGUAGAAAUGAAGGGCUUCUGUGCCAUGUGACCGAGAUCCUACUUGGUUACUUCCGUAAAUUGGUUUCGGAGCUCCGUUUAAAAGAAUACAACAAUGAAAGCUGGCAGUCUUGGUAUGACAGGACUGGUUCUGGACAGUUAUUGCGGCAAGCAAGUACAACUGCAUGCAUGCUAAAUGAGAUGAUAUUUGGUCUAUCAGAUCAAGCAGUUAAUGAUUUUGCUAGAAUAUUUCAUAGGUCUGCUAUAAGAAAAGUUCAGGUUCAGUCUUGCAAACUUGAAUCUUUCUGGAAGAUGCCGAAGGAUAAAGGUUUAAGGAGUCAUUUAGUUGAUUGCAUUGGUGGGAUCUUACAUGAAUAUUUAUCUGCUGAGGUGUGGAAUGUUCCAGUUGAGCGCGGAAUUGCUGACUUGCAGCAUAAUGUUGUAGUUGAAGAUAUUAGUCUAUACUUUUUCCAAGAUGCCACAAUGCUACAUCAGGUUAUUAUUGAGGGAGUAGGAAUCUUUAAUCUGUGCCUUGGAAGAGAUUUUGUUUCAAGUGGAUUUCUUCAUUCUUCUCUUUAUUUAUUGCUGGAGAAUCUCAGUUACUCAAAUUACCAAGUUAGAAAUGCUGCAGAUUCUGUCUUGCAAAUUAUUUCCACCACAUCUGGCUAUCAAACGGUUGGAGAGUUAGUUUUGGAAAAUGCAGACUAUGUGAUUGAUUCAAUAUGUCGACAAUUACGUCAUUUGGACCUUAAUCAUCAUGUGCCAAAUGUGCUAGCAUCCAUACUUUCCUACAUUGGAGUGGCUCACAAGAUAUUGCCUCUACUGGAGGAACUGAUGCGCUGUGUGUCAAUGGAUCUCGAAAUACUGGGUAGACAUCAACAUCCUGAUUUAACUAUUCCAUUCUUAAAGGCAGUAGCAGAAAUUGCAAAGGCAUCAAAACGUGAAGCUUGCCUGUUGCCCCCCCAGGCAGAGUCAUUUGCCAUAGAUGUCAGGUCUAUAAUCUCCAAUGCAGAAGAAACAACACAAGAGAAUGCCUUCAAUUGGACUCUAGAUUUCGGAAGCAAGUUCCAUGAUCCAUCACAAGAAUUAGAAGUGGCUGAGACUGUUGUGGAGCCAGCUAAGCUUCUUUUAUAA